CCACCGACCGCGUCGUGGUACGUGAGCGUCAUCCUCGUUGCUGGCGCUGCAGAGAGAUCUGUAGAUCCUGUGAGAGCAACUGUUUAAGUGAAGCUGGUCUCUUGGAUGGAUUCAAACCCGAUCUGAUGGCCCCUCUUCUAGAAGCAGUUUGCCCUGAUGUACCAGAUGAUAAAUUUGAUGAAUCCAGUGAGGAGGAAGAUGACGAUAUUGAAGAUAUGGAUGAUAUGGAUGAUGAUGAGGCAGAAGCCUUGUAUGCCAAUUUCAAGGAAUGCAUGAACUCUCAAGAAGAUGAUGUAAGUGGCGAAAGCCACAGUGAAGAAAGUGCAAAUGAGGCCACAGACUGUAAAGAAAGUGACUAGAAAUAAUUCUUGAAUUAUUUUUCUUUUGAAGUUUAGCUUUUGUUAUAAAAAGUAG